GCGGCCGCGCGCGCAGUGUCCCAGACCAGAACGCGCAGAAGAAGAAGCGUAUGACGUGAUGUGAGCGCGACCCCGCGGCGCGUGAUGCUGUGAAGGACGGAGAGUGUGGAUUAACAUCAAUGUAUUGAUUGAAUGAAUAGAAGCGUCACGAUGAGCGUCAGUCUGCUGUCAUGCGCACUGCGGUCUCUGUCUCUGGGAUCUCGGACUGUCUCGUCUCAGAUCGCCGGUCUCCCGGCCGCUUCCGGUGUUUCUGCUGCUCUGACCGGAUGUCGCGGCUUCAUGACGAGCAGCUGUGACCUGCAGAACCGGAGCCUGUGGAAACAGAGAGACAAAUACACCACCCGACCGAUCGGCAUGAAGAAGACCGGAGGAAGAGAUUACACCGGUAAGAUCAUCACACACCGGAUCGGCGGCGGACACAAGCAGCGCUAUCGCAUGAUCGACUUCCAGCGUCUGCGCUAUGAAUCCGGUAAAGAGGAUCAGCCCAUCGUGGAGAAGGUCAUAGAAGUGAGAUACGACCCCUGCAGGUCGGCCGAUAUCGCUCUGGUGGCGGGCGGGAGCCGUAAGCGCUGGAUCAUCGCCACAGAGAACAUGGAGGCCGGAGAUCUGAUCCGGACGUCCAGCGCCAUCGGACGCAUGGCCGUUCUGGCCAAAGAGGGAGACUCUCACCCGCUGGGCGCUCUUCCCGUCGGCACGCUGGUCAAUAAUCUGGAGCUGUAUCCCGGGAAAGGAGCGCAGUACAUCCGCGCCGCAGGCACGUGUGGAGUGUUGCUGCGCAAAGUGAACGGCACCGCCAUCGUCCAGCUUCCGUCCAAACAUCAGAUUCAGGUGCUGGAGACGUGUAUGGUGACGGUGGGCAGAGUAUCCAACGUCGACCACAACAAGCGCGUCAUCGGUAAGGCGGGACGAAACCGCUGGCUGGGCAUCAGACCGUCCAGUGGCCUGUGGCAGAGGAAGGGCGGCUGGGCGGGACGCAAGAUCAGACCGCUGCCGCCCAUGAAGAGCUUCGUCAACCUGCCGUCUGUAGCUGCCAAAUCGUGACCUCAGUCUGUUCAUGUAAACUCACUGCAAUAAAACGAAGAUCAGAUCGA